UGGCAGCGUGCGGUUGUGCCUUUUACUUUGCUUGCAUAUUAUCGUUGCGAGUAUUCAAAUAAUACAUACAACAACACAGAGUGUUUUUUUUCGGGUCAAAGCAGAAGAGAAGACGAAGUGUCGAUUCUUGUUUGUUUUUUUUUUUCAAUCUUUGCAUUCACACAAAACUUAACAAAAACUUGCAGUGGGAAAAAGAAGAAAAUAAAAGUCUUAGAAUUUUGUUUGUGGUGCAGGCUAAAACGUUGUCAACAAAAAUCACAAUAACAACAGCGAAAAUAAUAGACGCGGGUGCAAACAGCAAAGAUGGAGUCCGAAGAAAUAACCAAAAUGGUCGAUGGGGUUUAUAAGAAUAUAUUAGAGAAAUUCAAUCCAGGUGCGCGUCAACUCAUCUCGUCGGGCAAGGGUUAUCUCAAAGCCUUGCAUGGUGCUGCAUCUGCGUCACGCCUCUUCAAUGAAGCAUUAGCCAAGCUGGCAAUGAAUGCACAACAAAGUGGAACUAGCGAUAUUGGUGCGGCUCUGAUGAACGUUGUCAGUGUUUACAAAGAAAUUCAAGAACAACAAAUGAACAUUUUAAAAGCUUUCUAUGUCGAUUUAUUGGUGCCAUUGGAAACAAAUUUGGAGAAAGACACAAAAGUUGUACAGCACGAACAGAAGAAAUUCUUACAACAGCACAAAGUACGCAUGGAAAGCUACCAAAAGGCAGUAACCACAAUGAAGAAGCAACGUAAGAAAAAGGCCAGUCCUGAGAACACAGAAAAGGAGUUGAGGAAUCUGCAAGUAUUGGAGGAUCAAAAGAAGAAGUUGGACGCCUUCUGCGAACAAAGCUACAAAAAUGCCAUGACACAGGAACGCCGUCGGUACGGUUUCGUGCUCGAACGCCAAUGUUCCAUAGCCAAGCAUUGGAUGGCCUAUCACAGCACUGGCAAGAUGGUAAUUGAUAACAAUUUGGAAAAUUGGCAAGAAAUUGCCGCUUCACGUGAAGUGAUACCAGCGGCAGCAGUAUAUGAGACGGGCGGUGGCGGCAGCUAUAGCAAUGCCAGUAGUGGCAAGAGGAUGGAACGACUCAAAGAUGGUGAGGACAUGCAUGCCGUUGGCAGCUCAUCGUCAUCACAGCUAAAAAAAUCAUGCAGCGUGGACGCGCCCUACGGCGAUAUGCGUACCUUGCAUGAGAGCAAUGUGAGCUAUACGCAAAAUUCGCUGCCGCGCGCCAAAUCUGAUUUCAAUCUGACGACGGUGACGAACUCUAACGAUCACACCGAUCACGGACAAUGGGAUCAACGCCCUGUGGUGAAGGCGCUCUACGCUUAUAUGCCUUCAGGUGAAAACCAGCUGCCCUUCGAUGAGGGCGAUCGCAUAGCUCUGGUGGGCAGCAAGGCCAAGGGUUGGCAAUUCGGUGAGAAUUUACGCACUCAAAUGUUCGGUUGGUUCCCGAUCGCCUACACUAAUGCCGAGGGCGCUGGAGAGCGUGAGAAAUAUCGCACGAGUGAACGCCACCUCGAACGCAGCAACGAUCGUUACGAGAAUGUGCAUUACGAGCGCAAUGGCGGUAUGCGCAGCUAUCAGGAUCAAUAUAUGUCAGAGGUACAAAUGGAUCCUGCCAUGGAAAGCGAUUCAACAUACCGCCGACGCAAUAAUAGCGCCGAGGAAUCAUCGCCGACGCGUAUGUUUGGUGACACGUUCAGAAAUCAAAAGAAGUAUCGCCCUUCAGCCGGCACCAAUCCACGUCCUGGUCCACCACCUACACUUCCCGCACCAGUGCCAUCGAAUAGUCAAAGUCAAAGUACCAGUCGUAUAUUGAAUACAUCGCAAAGCUUUUGCGGCGCAUCGAAUGGUGUACCCUCAGUGGUGGAGCGUCGCAAGCAACACAAGCUACAAAAUGGCCCACAAGCCGCACAUAAUCGUUCCAUUCUCUCCGCCAAACAACAGUCCACAUCGAUGAGCGCUGGUGGCAGUCAAUUGAAACCCGCCGCGGCCGCGAAGACUUCAUUGCAUAGCAGCAAUGAUAGUGGCUUUGCCAAUGAGCCGCCGCCACAGCCCGAAAUUGACUACUCAGAUGAAGAGCAAACGAGUCGCGUGCCAAUACGUCGUCGAGCUGACACCAAUUCCCAUGUCUCACGAGAUGUUACCUCGUGGACAUUGAAUCGAAAUUUUCGCAACAGCGUUGACAGUCAAAUCGAUGACAAGAGUCUGCAUGGACUCAAUCGACAAAGUGGGAAAAUGCGUUAUGAUCUUAUCGCCAGCGAUGACGAAAUACUACAAGCCUCAAGUAGUGGCAUAAAACGUACCAAAUCCUUUUGGAAAUUUGGUGGACGGAGCGAGGAUAUAUUAGCUGGAAUGUCGCUUUGGCAACAUCGCGAUUUAGUGGCAGCAAGAAAUUUAGAGGACUUGCGCACCGAUAGUCCACAGCGUAAAGAGAAUGGACAUUCGGAACAUGAGGACGAACCUGAAAAUGAACGUGAACACGAGCGGGACCGGGACCGUGGAGGCGAGAAUGUACGUAAUAACGUCGAUAAAAAUGGCACGCUAACCAAGUCACAUUCCAACAAUUCAACUUCGUCGACGGAGAAGCGCCGCAAUGAUAGUGUGACCAGCAUGGAAGCAUAUGAUGAAGAUGAGAAUAUUUAUGGCAUGAGUCCGGUGGUGAAGCGUGAGAAUAUCAUUGUGCAGAAUCGCAACUCGAUACAAUCGAAUGCGACCACGAUGCGUGCUGAGUACACACCCAAAUCGCGCAUGAAGAUUAUGAAAACGAUCGAGAUUGAUAUUGAAAAUCCGACAGAGGGCGAGCGGCUGAGCACAAUUAAACGUGGACAGAAGGAAUAUCAGAAAGAAUAUCGUGAAACAACUGGCAUGUUGCCACAGGUGAAUAUGAAAAGUGGGCGCGCCAAUAUGCAUGCACGUGUGGAAAACGAGAACAAGAGCAAGGGUGGCAUGAAUGGUAUGCCGACGUCGCGCAAUACAAUAAGCAACAGCCACAAGAAACAUCAGAUCAAUAAUGUUGAUGCAGCAGCUGGCAAGCAUGCGAGCCUGCAACAGAUGAAAUCGAAUGGCAGUGGCGGACACCCACAGUCGCGUGGCAAGCAACAAGACUUUCCCCAGUCGACAGAGGAUGAGGAAGGUGACAGCGAUGACAAUGGCACACUCAAGAUGAGUGAUGUGAAUAAUUUCUUUGACGACAUUUCGCACGAGAAUACCACCGGCGGCAUGAUUAUGAAGACAGUAAAGCGCAAGGAUAUAUUGAAGCAGUACUACACCAGCGAAGAUGAGUCCGAUGACGUCGAGAUCAAAUCAACUAGUUCUGAUCCUUAUGAUUGCAUAGUGAUCAAUGAUCAUUUAGUGCGCAAGGACGAGAAACAUCGUCGCCAAUUGCACAACUCCUAUCAGGAGCAUCAAAUGGAAUUUCAAACAUUUCGCGCCACAACCACAUCAGCUAUGCAACAAGGCAACAAAAAGAAUAAGCUAACAGGUGGCGAGCAACGCAAUGGCGGUGGUGGUGGUAGCGGAGGCGGUGGAGUAGCUACGGGUGCUGGUAAGUCGAAGAAACAUCAGGAGCAACAAGAACGUGAACGUGAGCAUGAACGAGAGCGUGAGCGUGAGCGUGAUCGCUAUAGCAUGAAUAAUGGCUCAACGCUGACAAGGAACUUGAACGUAAAUCCAAAUUCCGCCAUGAACACGCCCACAGCAACGAUCCUGCCGCGAACGCGCCUCAUGAAAUCGAGCAACAUGACAAGUAUGACUUUAGAGCGCGCGACGAAAAAUAAAUCACGCGAAAAUGGUGGCGGUGGGGGUGGUAGUGACAAAGAGAAACAUCAUUAUGGCAAGACAUAUGGUCCGUGGUAUGAUUUUUGGGAUCAACAGGAUCAGCAUACACUCGUGAGCCAAAAGCCAAUGCAUAAUGGGAAAAUAUGAGAUAGCUUUAGAGGGAAAAUUUGGGAAGGAAUUUUCAUAGAAGAAGUGUUUUUUAGGAGAAGAAAGUAAGAGGGGAAUCGAUUGUGGGUAGGUAAAUGCAUUAAGUCAGCCAUUGCUAUGGGUUUCUAAGUAUUGGCACGCGGUAAUAUUUAAGUUACCGUGAAAAAUAUUGUGUAGCAAAAGAAGAUGGUCGCCGAAUUUGGAAUACAGUCAGCAUCAAGUUAUUGAAUAUGAAUUAUAUAGAGUUGUAAAAAAUAUUAAUACAUAAUUAGAAUAUUCCAUAGAAUUUCAACAGAUUCUUGGAGAGAUGAAAUAUGAAUUUCAGCAAUUUAUAAAGAAAACUAACUAAAAUUGUGUACAAUAUUUGCCAAGAGGUGUAAAAACUAUUCAAGGAAAAUAAAAGCUCAUAAAUUCUUUAAUAGCCAACAAGCUUGCAUAAAAUAUACUUUCAGUUAAUUUUAAAAUGGCUUGAAAGACUUUAGUGAGCCCUCGGAAUUUUGAGAAUGUGCAGCGCAGAUAUGGAUAGCCUGAACCGAUUCAAAACUACUUGAAGAUGCUUUCCAGUUGCUCAGUAAUGCAUACUAAUCAUCUAGCUUUGGCAGCAAUAUAACCCAUUACCCUUAGUGAACAAGAUUAUAGCGAAACAUUGUUUCCAUAUAAUUUCUAGGCUGCGCAAUUAAGAUCGCAGCAUGUUGCGAAAAUAUUUGAAGUCAAGAACUGCUAACCGUAUGCGCACGUUUUUUUUGUCAGUAGAGUUGUAUACAAUAUGCUGAUUGGAUGAUUAGGUGAUUGCCUCUCAGAGAAACAUAUACCUUAGCACAAUAUUGCUAGACACUCGCGGCUAGCAACAUUUGUGCGGUAGUCUGCAUGCACAUGCCCGCAACAUUAUUUGAAUUCUCUUUGAGUACUACGCACCACUUUAUUAACCUCUGUUUCUUAUUUUGUUUGUGUGGGAAAUAUCGCGUUUCAGUAGCAACAGCGUCAGGUACAUAUUGAUAGGCAUAUGUUGACAGCUACAUUUUGGCGGUAGUUCGCUUGUAACAUAAAUAUUUCCUAUCUGCUUGCUGUGCUCAUUGCAUAUGACUUCUGUGCCUCUCACAAAUGUUCGCAUCAUAUCGAUUGGCAACCUGUUGCUAACUCAUUUAAAAUCGCCAAGCGGGACAUAUUUCUUGUUGAUUGUUAAUAAUGUGCUCCCCCGAAAGUUUUGCGCAUUUUUUGCAUACAACUAUUGCACGGCAUUUUUUUAUACGAAGAAAUGGCGAAACGUGCUCUGGGAAGCAAAUUAUCAAAAAUCAACGAAAAUUAUAAGCGACUUCUAAUUUGCACUUUGUUACCUUAAAAUUUAAUGGGUUUUAAUACUAUGUAUUGUAACAAAUUUAAAAAAAAAAUGUUGAUGAAAAUUUGACUGAAAAUCAACGAAAAUUAUGGGCUAUAAGCAAGGCGCAUUUAUUCAAGAUGAUGACAUUCACGGAACAUCAACAUUUUUGAAAUUAGGAAUGUCAAGAAAAAGGGAUUAAAGAAUGGAAUGACUAACAAAUAGAUAAAAUUAGCUUGUCGCGCAUUAACAACACAGUAACAUCUUUCCGUCAAUCCGUUUUACUGGCAUUUCUAAAUUAAAGGCGAAAUGAAGAAGCAGAAAUCAACUACGCUAAUAACAUCACUUUCUAUGGAUACGCCUUAAGCUAAAAAACUACGUACUCAAAUGUUAAAAAAGGAGUUUUAAAGUAAAUUUUGCCGUACGAACAAGAGAAGUUAAAAUAAAUAAAUAAAUAAUGGGCGCGUACACUUCUGUUAGUUGUUUGGCCCAGCUUCUACUCCUAUUUGCGGCGUGCGUCUUGAUGUUGUUCUAAUGAGAAGUUAGGUUAGGGUUAUUUAAACAUUGGAAGCUAAUGAAAGAAAGAAUAAAAAAAGUCGUGGUUUGUAAAUAAAUAAACAAAUUAGAUGAAAAAAACUAAAAUGAUGUCAGUUUAAAAACAAGUUCUGUCAAAUUAAACCAUAACCGAGUAACCGAAUCGCAAUAUGCGCAACCUUCUGUAUUCUCUCAGCUAUAGUAUCAACCUGCUUUUCUCCCCAAGUGCAAAAAAGAAAAACCGCUGACUCCUAAAAUUAUGCCACGUUGAAUAAUUCCUUAAACUCCAACUGAUUUGAUCAAUUUUAUGUUGGAACCGUUAUUUCAUUAUAUUUUUACAUACAAUUUUGUUGCUACUCACAAUAAACAACUAAAAGUAUAGUCCAUCUUUAUGCUAAGCUAAAAUAUCUAAAAUCUCUAUGCGUAAAUACUUAAUUCAUAGAAUAAAUGUUACAUAAUCCUUUACACAUACAUAUGGAAGAAAUUACAUACAUAUAUGUAACUCAAUAUCAUUAUUCGCUAGCAGUUGUUAACAACUAUUUUAAAAAAUUAUGUACAUACCAACAAAUAACAAAAAUACAAAAUUGCUUUCAAAAAGUUUUGCAUACACCCAUGUGUAUGCAUGUAGGUAACAUUAAAGUCUUUCUGUUUCUUCUUAAUCUUUUAAAUUGUAUUUUCUUUCUGUUCAACUUCUUCUUUUGCUUUUUUCACCUUACCGCACUAAUUUUUGUCAUUGCUAAAACUUCCACAUUUUUUCCGCAAACUCACCACCAAUUGGCUACCCAUUUAAACGAAUAAAAUAAACCCUACGCAAAUUCUUUAUAUUUCCUCUUUUCUAUGUAUAUUUCUAGAAAGGGUGGUGCCUUCCGCAACAUUUACAUAGACUUCUAGACCAAAGAAAAACUAAAUAAAACAAAAAAAAUGAAAACAAAAAAA